AUGGACUUGAAUUGUGGGGGUAAUUGUUUUGGAGGAGAAAUACAAGAAUGGCUCGUUCAGACACAUGGGACUCUUUCUCCGUGCUUCAUGGUCAUAGCAGAGUGGGGUGGUAGUCUGAGUGGGGUUGUGGUGUACCGUACGGUAUGGACUUGCACUGAUAGCUGGAUUGGAGGGCGAGGCAGUAGAAGGCUUCAACAGCUGCAGCGGAGUGUUUGCCUUGGCCGCGAAUGGAGAAAUGAUGUUGACUUCUCUGUAACAGUGGGCCUUCUCCUCUCACAAUGGGACGCUCCCAGGUUCCAGGGCAUUUCCAGCCAAACCUUCCGAUGCCAUAUUGUUGCGGUUGUUGUUGGUGGCUGUGGGUUGUCGGUUGUGGGUUGCGGGUGGGGAGUUGUUGAUGAAGCUUUCAUACAUGUAGUCGAUGAUGCCAUUGUACACAACUACAUCUUCGUAUUCAUUGUAGAUGAGGCACUUGAACUUGAUCAUCUCCUGGUGCUGCUGUGA